AUUCACCUGGAGGUUCCACGCAGUCUUUGUCACGAUUACUGUGACUUUUUAAAGCCUUUGAGGCCAUUUGGCAUUGAAGAAAUGUCAACACAGCACUUACUUUUUGGAGAUUCAGAACCAUGGCUUAUCAUUAUUAAGAACUCACCCUUGCUCAAGAAGGUGCACUUUCGAAAUAACAUCUCUGAAGAAAUACUGAUUAGUGUUGGUUCACAUUGCAAGAUGAUUGAUACUUUUAUUCUUGAACAAGUAUUUGGCAGGAUGCUGGUUCCAAUUGAUUGUUUAUACAAAACCUUUUUCUCAGGACUAGAUUACAAAACUGUUAGUGAGAUUUCUAAGAGCCCGUCCAGCACAAAGGAUGUCAGCCUGUCAUUUCCUAGGCUUAAGUGGAUUGAUGUUGGUUGGAAAGCAUAUCCCCAGAACAUAGUUACAAGAUACUCCUUAGCUGAGUUUAUUUAUAAUAUUUUGUAUUAUUAUCCAAAUGUUGUAAAUGUAUCAUGGCAUUUGUUAAGACCAUUCAUGGUUCAUAUUCCUAAUCAAAUACCAGAACACUGCAGAGAUUUAACAUAUAGUAUGAGACAUGUACAUUUUAGUGGUCUGAUGCCUUGGAUACAGUAUCAUGUAUCUAGUCUUUCAAGUAGUGAAAAAAUAAUUUCAUAUUUUAAAGAGUUGCAGCAUAUUACUUUGUGUAAUUGUGUUGAUGUUAGAACAGAUGCUGAAAGUGUUAAGGAAGAAGCAAAAUUUGCUGAAGUUUGGUUGCCAAAAUUUAGGUGCAGCAGUCUCACAGUUCAUGUGCCAUUUACACCACCUGAGAAUGUAAGAGUAGGUGAUGUACUCUCUGUAUAUUACUCUCUCUUUGAAAAAAUUGGUAAUAAUCUUACUGCACUACACUUUCAUUUACAUGUAGAGAUAGGUGUACGAGAACUAUGCCAGGCAAUCAACCUUUGUCCCUCAUUAAAGUUGCUUGAACUAAGAAUGUAUGAAAGCAUCCAUGCUCAGAGUGAAGGAGAUAUCUCUAUAAAGACACUCCACAGCUUAGAGUCACUUAGUGUUACCUAUACUUCACUCAGUGGUACUGCGUACAUACACACUUUGAUAGAAAAGCUAAUUCAGGCAUCUCCAAACUUAAAAAGCUUAGAAUUGGUACUAGAGCAUGCUCCAGGUGAGUGGUUAAUGAUGUUAGCCAUAAACAAAUUAAUCGUUGGCAUACACACGCUACGCCUAAGUUUUAGAGCUCAUCCAUUGAUUAUACCACGCACCCAUAACACAAGAAGAAGAAAUAUUCAAGCUUUUUAUGUGCCAUUUAUAGAACAACUUCCACAUCUAGAGGUACUUAUGCUUGGUUUAUUGCCUUUGAGGUGUUUCCAAGUUAGAAUGAUUUAUUAUACUUCUCAGUUGCGAAUAAUUGCAAGAGGUACUCCAUAUAUAGGUUACAUUGUCUUAGACUCCUGAUCUUCAUGGCAUGCAGUGCACAGAGAAGUAUGCAGUUUUGUAAGUGCUCUUAAAGAGCUUAAAUUACAUUAUUGUGUAUAUUAUAAAGGAAAUACUUAGCUUGAAGGGCAGCACCAACAAACCACAUUUUUUUAUUUUAAUUUUGAAACUGGUGUAUCAUGUUAUGUUUUGAAUAUUUUUCAUGCUGAUAUAUUUUGAA